UUGGUUAUUUACUGAGCGUUCUUCGUUUACUGAUUGAGGGUGUACUUGAGGCGCUGAUUUAUUCUCAGGUAGGCAUUUCUCUCUUUCCAACAGACGCAGCCAUGGACCUUGUCUCAUCCUUGAAGUGCCAAAAAUUGGAUGCCCAGUCGGUGGAGAUGGAUAAGGACCGCGUCCAAAAGGACUUUUUCUGGCCAGAUAUCCCCUGCAUAAGCGAUUUAUCAAUCCGUGGCAAUUCGAUUGUCAUCAUUAAGAAAGGUGGCGGAAAGGUCCCUUGCCUGCCAGAGAUGGUCCCCCUUGAUCGCGAUAAGUCUCCACUUUUGAAACCCGGCUGCCCAGUCGGGAACAAAGGUGAAGAACCUGUUGAAGAAAAAUGUGAACCUCCCAAGUCAAACCUCAGGGUGCCUACGUAUCCUUCACGGAAAUCAGAACCAAAGGCUAAUCUUGAUAGCACCUACAUUCCUUUCAUCCAGCACUCUCGUCCUAUUGGUGAAUGCAAGUAUUGUUUAAAGGUGGGUGAGCACAUGACGCAACUAUGCCCUUACCAGGAUCGUGUCCCAAAAAAUGCAAUUCUCGGCAGUGGUUGUGAUGUAGUUUGUAGAGUAUGUGGUUGGUUCUUUAGAGGGUCCUGUUGUGGCCAAGAUGAAGGACGUGCGGUUCUCAAGAAUUGUAUUUCUGUCAAGCGUUGUCUGAAAUCGUAGAGAAUGGAGAGCUACUGUUUCUCUGAAGUAAAUUAUGAUUUAAAGCAUAAUUAGACAUUUUAUUUUCUAAUGUUUAUUAACUGUAAUCUUCUCCAAC